GAGCAAGAUAGAGAGAGAGAGAGAGAGAGAGAGAGAGAGAGAGAUCACUUUGGGAGAAUCAGAGUUUCUGUUUUCCUCUGAUAUUUGGUUUGUGUUCCUAUGCAUACGUACUUACCGGUGAUUAGCGCUGUCUCGUGGAUGCACAUUGUCUGCCGUGUAAUAGCUCCUUAUAACCUAUGGACGGACUUACUGAGCGCUCAGCUCUGUCCACGGAGAGGAGAGAGGGGACGGGAAGCGGCUGCUAGAAUAGUGGAAGACGAGAUCAGGAAAGCACAGGAGCUGAGGCGGCGGAGGGAUUCCACUACCAGUACUGGAAUGGAAUAAACCAGUGGGUUACCAACAGUUGUGUGGUUUUCUUGUUCAAAAACUUUUCUGUUUUCAUUUUAUUUGGCACUUAUGGAUAACUUUCUUCCAACCACUUUGACGGAGUUUUCAAACAGAGCAGUGAAGCUACUGCAGAACGGGAUACGUACAGCAGCCUCUUCUCUUUACACACUACCAAUGGUCUGAUCCCGGGAAUGUUGAUAUUUUAUGUCUAGUGCAGUCUUUGAAGGUAUGAAAUACGUAGGGAUGAACCUGGUGUAAUUCUAUCCUUUCAGUCACAGUCAUCACUAAAAUGGCCAGUUUUGAGGCUUUGGCACACGGCUCCUGCAGGUUGGUGUGGCCUGUCGGUUGUGUGUUUUUGUUUUUGGGCUGCUUAUCGGUGGCAUCGUCUUCCCACAGCCGCAGGUUAAUCUGCUGGCAGGCCAUCAUGAACUGUCAGACGGAGCCUGAGUGCCAUUACGCAUAUGGGCAGUACAUGCAGGCGUGCGCUGCUGUACUGAGAGGGGACAGGAAGAGGUGUCCCAGUCACUGCAUCUCCUCUCUGGUGCAGCUCAACCUGACGAAGAACGGGCCCGCGCUUGAGGACUGCAGCUGUGCUUCGGACCCCAUCUGCCGGAACACCAAGCGGGCCAUCGAGCCAUGCCUCCCCAGGACUAGCAAUAUGGGCUGCACCGAGGCCCGUAUGCAGUGUGAGAGAGACCAGCAGUGCAGUUCCGCCAUGCGAGACUAUUUAAUCUACUGCGGGAAACUUUUCAGCGGGGCAACCUGCACGAAUGCUUGUCGGAAUGUGAUUGCAGACAUGCGCAAAAUACCCAAAGCGGAGCUGUUGGAUUCGUGCGUGUGCGACGGGACCGAGAGGACCAUCUGCGAGUAUGUCAAGAUUAGCAUGAAGAGCCUGUGCUUCGAAGCUCCUGUGACGGUGGAGGACGGCAGUGGGUCAGAAGACUACGAGGAAGAUGAUGGGGACUUCCCGGUGUCAGAACCGGAGUUAGUGGAGAGGAGCACCGGAUCAGGUGGUUCUGCUUCGGGAAGCUGUGGUGUUGUGACCGCAGUGACUUUAUCUGUUCUGAUUCUACUAGCAUUUCUCCUUUAAACUCUCCUCAUAGUAAAAUAUAUAUAUCAGACUGUUGUUCAGAUAAACACGUUGAUGGCCUUACAAACUCAGACUGUUGGACAGAUAAACACGUUGAUGGCCUUACAAACUCAGACUGUUGGACAGAUAAACACGUUGACGGCCUUACAAACUCAGACUGUUGGACAGAUAAACACGUUGACAGCCUUACAAACUCAGACUGUUGUUCAGAUAAACACGUUGACGGCCUUACAAACUCAGACUGUUGGACAGAUAAACACGUUGAUGGCCUUACAAACUCAGACUGUUGUUCAGAUAAACACGUUGACGGCCUUACAAACUCAGACUGUUGUUCAGAUAAACACGUUGAUGGCCUUACAAACUCAGACUGUUGUUCAGAUAAACACGUUGACGGCCUUACAAACUCAGACUGUUGUUCAGAUAAACACGUUGACGGCCUUACAAACUCAGACUGUUGUUCAGAUAAACACGUUGAUGGCCUUACAAACUCAGACUGUUGGACAGAUAAACACGUUGAUGGCCUUACAAACUCAGACUGUUGGACAGAUAAACACGUUGAUGGUCUUACAAACUCAGACUGUUGGACAGAUAAACACGUUGACGGCCUUACAAACUCAGACUGUUGUUCAGAUAAACACGUUGAUGGCCUUACAAACUCAGACUGUUGUUCAGAUAAACACGUUGAUGGCCUUACAAACUCAGACUGUUGUUCAGAUAAACACGUUGAUGGCCUUACAAACUCAGACUGUUGUUCAGAUAAACACGUUGACGGCCUUACAAACUCAGACUGUUGUUCAGAUAAACACGUUGAUGGCCUUACAAACUCAGACUGUUGUUCAGAUAAACACGUUGACGGCCUUACAAACUCAGACUGUUGUUCAGAUAAACACGUUGAUGGCCUUACAAACUCAGACUGUUGUUCAGAUAAACACGUUGAUGGCCUUACAAACUCAGACUGUUGGACAGAUAAACACGUUGAUGGCCUUACAAACUCAGACUGUUGGACAGAUAAACACGUUGAUGGUCUUACAAACUCAGACUGUUGUUCAGAUAAAGUUUAAACAUUUGCCUUUCCAAACAGAUGCCAGUCUGUCUGGCCAAUGCUAUUGAAGGAAGAAGCUACUACUCCAAAGAGCAUCAAAUGCAAUUUUUUUUGUUGCAUAACCAUAAUUUGCUUUUUUUUAAAAUAUGACUUUUUUUUUGUACUGAAAAUAUCGAAUCAAGUUAGUACUGAAAAUAUCGAAUCAAGUUAGUAUUUUCUAUGCAAAUAUUAUAUUCAGUAACAUUAUGUCUCCAUCAGAAAUGGAGACAUGGACACCUGAACACCAGGUCUACUGUAGUCCAUGUAUAUACUACAUGUAACUCCAGGUCUACUGUAGUCCAUGUAUAUACUACAUGUAACACCAGGUCUACUGUAGUCCAUGUAUAUACUAGAUGUAACACCAGGCCUACUGUAGUCCAUGUUUAUACUACAUGUAACACCAGGUCUACUGUAGUCCAUGUAUAUACUACAUGUAACACCAGGUCUACUGUAGUCCAUGUAUAUACUACAUGUAACACCAGGCCUACUGCAGUCCAUGUUUAUACUACAUGUAACACCAGGCCUACUGCAGUCCAUGUAUAUACUAGAUGUAACACCAGGCCUACUGCAGUCCAUGUAUAUACUACAUAUAACACCAGGCCUGCUGUAGUCCAUGUAUAUACUACAUGUAACACCAGGCCUGCUGUAGUCCAUGUAUAUACUACAUAUAACACCAGGCCUGCUGUAGUCCAUGUAUAUACUACAUAUAACACCAGGCCCUACUGUAGUCCAUGUAUAUACUACAUGUAAACAGAUGUGGUUCUAUUUUGUUACACAGAGAUUAACAAUGCAAGGUUUUUAUAAAAAAACAGUUCACUGUCUAUAUUUUAAUAUUUUAACAUGAUAUCAUUGAUAUUGGGUGACUGAUGGCAUAUCUAUGUAUUUAAUGAAACUAUAUGGUGGACUUGUACAUACUGUAUAUUGGUAAAUAAAUGUAGUUUAAAAGUAA